UCAACGAUUAUAGUUUAGGAAAAAAUUGAAACGCUAAUCAGACUUGCUACCCUCUUUCGGAGACUUCUCAUUCUCAGACACGUCCAUAACGUACAAUAAUGACGGGGAGUAAGCCUGAUCAUGGCCGUGGAACGGAAGAAGAAAUGAAGGAGCCGGUUGAAAUCACUCUCAGAACCAUUGGUCCUUCACCUCCCUCUCGCCUCACGGUCCCCUCGUCUAUCAAAGUGCAUGAUUUGAGAAAAUUGAUUGCUGGGGCUAGUCACUUGCCCAUGGAUGAGAUGAAGCUUAUUUUUCGAGGGAAUGCGUUGCUUGACAAUAAAAAUGGUGAUGCUGCAAUGAUCCAACUUCAUGAUGGAGAAAGCUUAAUUGUUGCCUACAAACCGAAGCCACCUGCUAAGCAUAUUCGGGAUGAUGAUGAUGAAGAUGACAGCGAAGAUCUGAAAUUUCAGCUUCCACAGUCAACUGGCAGUUGGAAGAGGAGGCUUUUCUUCUUCUUAUGUGAUAAGAUCAAGCUUCCUGAUAUGCUUUUGAUGGCAAUUUUCUCUCUCAGUCUAAAGAUGUGGGCUGUUAUCAUUAUAUGGUUUAUUCUGGCACCUGUUGCCCAGAGAUUGGAUGUUGGACCUUUAUAUAUAAUUGGAACAGGGUUUGCUAUAAUUUUCUAUAAUCUUGGCCAUCGGCAGCCUGGCGACGUAAGUGCAUAUUCUAUCUUCAAUGAAGAUUUUAGAGAAAUUCCUGGGACUCUCAACGCAGAUCGGCUUGACAGAGACAUUCGAGCAGGCCAGUUUUGAAUCUGUCAACUUACAGCUUGUAUGAAAUUUGGAGCAAUCCUUGGCUUGAAGAUAACUGGACAAUCCACAAUAUAAUUAUGCGUAUAUUUGUGUCAUGGUUCAUAUGCGAGUGUUUAUUGGUUUUUAUGAUGAAAAUCCUUGCGGGUUUUUGACUAUAUUUGUUGGAAAUCAAUAUGGAGGGACCACUCACUCUAUAA